GGCCAUUACGAAAUCCGGCCGUUAGUGCGUGCGUCCUUCAAAAGUGCUGUUUUGGCUCUGUAUUUGCUUUGUACAAGGCGUUCUGCAUAGGUAAUUGUCAAUGUAACGAUGGCGACUUUGACGAAUAAAGCGUUCGUCAUCAAGAAAAUAACUUCGUCGGCGACUCUUUUGCUGGUCAUCGACAAAAACUUCAUGCUGGGUAGCUUUGAACCAACAGAUCUUGCCCCGGCGAUAGGUGCAGUAAUUGCCAUUAAUUACAGAGUCAACUCGAAAGAUAAGAGCAUCAUCGAUGUUUUGAGCUGGGCGCCGUAUAAUGGAUACAUACCGAUGCCGUUUUGUUUAGCCAGCAAAGCUUCUGAGGAAGAUCUCAAGUUUCGCGGCGGCUUUUACACUUGUGGGUGUGUUCGCUAUAAGGGAGUUCCGCUCUCGAAUCCGGCGGUGUUUAACGAUAUCAUUGGGGUCGUCAAAGACGACAAAGGCAUUUUGGAAAGACAGUACAUAGGAAAGCUAUAUGCAACGGUAAAGCUGUGUAGGACGUCCAAUGGUUUCCAUUGGGAACUUUACUCUGUAGACGAGUAUAUGUUACCAUUGGACAAUCUUCGCCACUUUCCACAUGGUAUAGUAGGAGCUGUGAAGCAGAAAGGCGACGUAAAUUAUAUCACAUCUCGUGAUUUUCCGCACGAUGUCCGCUUUUUGAGCACCAAUGUUGAUUGGAAUGUUGAGAAUCUACUUGGUUCAGAAGUUUCUUUUUUUGCUCAAGAAGUCAUGCCUUUUAAAUAUUAUGUGAAAGGAACGCUCGAGCCAAUGGGGGAGAGUGUGUUGACUACUAGAUACAAGGGAUUUUUUGCUCUGACAUUGAAGGUGGAGCACCUUGGUUGCAGGGACGACCAUGGGGUCACAAUUGUUUGGAGUGAUAAGUGGGAGUUCAUGAAGGAUCCGUUUGAUCUUUUCAAGAAUUGUGAUUAUGGCAUUUACAAAGUCAAAUGUAUUAGGCACUACGACCCUAAUGAUUUUCCCAGAUGGAAAGUUACAAAGGUGUUUGAUACGGUGCAGAGUUUCGGCAAGGACAAUAAGCAAAUUUCUUCAGAGCAAUCCAAUGCAUCUGUGACACUUCAGCAAACAUACGUCAAAGAGUUCUCCAAUAUCUCAUUAAAUGAAAAAAGAAAGGAUUCCGGUGUUGGAUCGGAAAAGAGCUGCGAUAUAUCUAGAAAAUCCAGUGUUUCGUAUACGAAACCCUUGUGCGAUGACGGGAAUGGCAAUAACGGCUUUAUCAAUGAAGAUUUACAGGCGGAGAAAGAGCUACGUCAAUAUAUGAAGGAGUGUAUGAGAUCGAAGAAAGUUAGGGCAGAGAUAAAGAAAGCCGAUCCAGCACUUUUCCAAGAACUUCUGCACGAACUCGAUCUUCGAGAUAAAAAAUAUGAGGUCCUUUGAAUUUAAAGGCAAUACCUUGACAGGUAUUCUUCCAUAUAGUUCCUGUCGUUCUUGGUUUUUCCGGAAGCGCUGUGUCCGGAACUGUGCCUUAAAUUUUUAAACAAAUUAAUUAAUCAACAAUUAAUCUCAUUGUGAAAUGGGCCUACAUAGGUAUGUCAGAUGAUCACCAUUACUGUAGCUGUCAGCUGAAUCUCUCCAGUUCUGCCUAGACGCUGCUUUUGCGACUAGUUAUUUGUUUUCUUUAUCUUAAUCUUAAAUCAAGUAUUUUUCGUGUUUUUGUCUUCAUAAAUUUCAAUGCAAGUUGAUUACAGGACCUACUGUCGUUUUCUUUGAGAUUGUAGAUUUGAUUGUGAUGUGACUUGAAACCUCUUCCAUAUUUGUUUUUGUAUAAUCUCAUUUGUCAGAGAUUCCUUUGUGGUUUUCGCCACCAGCUACAUUCAGCCAUCUCACUAGCAAAGUGGUAGUGGUUCAUUCACAUAGUUCGCAUCAAUUUCUGCCUCCGGAGAUUUUGGUAAGUACCAAUGUCGAUUUUGAUUCUUCUUGAUUCUGAUCUUUUAGAGUUUGAGUCAUCAUGUGUAUGUGUGUGUGUUGUGUGCGUGUGUAUGUGUGUUAUUGCAUCCAAUAUCCCAUUAUUGCAGUGCAGCGGUGAUAUUCUAUAUUACGAUAACAAGUAUUGAAUUUCUGCUUUGUUGAAUUCAGCCAUCUGCAUCAUCCUGAUCGUACUUAUGUGUCGUAGUGCUUGUCCCUUGUACCAAUGUUUUCAGUAAGUUCAGUAAGUCCUUUUUUUGGUAAAUUGCUAACUCACCCCAUCUCCAACACUAGUCGAGUUGGAAUGGCUUGCCAAGACUCUGCCCUAUCCAGCGCUUAAAGUUGACGAUUAGCAGUUGUAAGCAUCUAUCUCUAUCGAAUUAAAUGAGCACAAGCUGUUUGUUGUACUACUUAUUCUUUCUUUUGUCCCCUCUAUCCACAAAUUCUAAGAAAAACGCCCUGUUUUUAUUAUUCAUUGUGUUCCAGAAAUGACCGUUUAUGUAAUUCACUCAGCACUGUCAGUUACUUUGUUAUGGUGUCUCAUGUUGGAAUCGUCUGUAUCGUUGUCUUUCUGCGUGUAUAUGAAUAAUAAAAACUUGGAGGAAA